ACAAAAAGGAAAAUUAUAUUAGGUUUGUCCAGGCUACAGGUGAAAGAGGGAAAGAAGCUGAUGACAUAAUGGAAAGAUUUAAACUAACAAUUCCUGAUUUGAUAAUAGACAAAAGGCAAGGGUAUAAUAUGAUAAGGAAACAGACAAGACCAGAAUUAUUCGAAAGAAAGAGGGGAAGGCCGCAAAGCAGAGAAAAUAGAUGUACGAAAAGGAGAAGGGAAAGUUCUAGCUCAAGUAGCUCUGAAUCAUCAGACACAUCCAGAUCAAGUAGUACAAGCUCAAGAGAAGAUGAAACGGUAACUGCUGUUAGGGAUCUACUUGAUCUGGAGGAUGACUUUCAAAUUGUGGAACCAUGUUAUGAAGAGAAAUUAAGAAAAGAAGGUGAAGAAAGACUAAGAAUUGAAAAUGAAAGAAAAGAGAAACAGGAAAAAUUUAGAAAAGAGAAAGAAAGGAGAGAGAUAGCAGAGGUAAAGGAGAGACAAGAAAGGGAGGAGAGGCUCAGAAUUGAAAGGGAAAUAAAAGAAGAUGAAGCAAGGAAAGAGGCAGAGGAGAAAAAGAGAAAAGAGGAGGAACUUAGACUUGAGAAAGAAAGAAAAGAGAAAGAAGUGAAGGAAGCAGAGGAAAAGCAAAGGCAAGAAAGGGAGGAGAGACAGAGAGUAGAAAAGGAAAGGAAAGAGAAUGAAGCAAGGAAAGAAGCAGAGGAGAAAAAGAGAAAAGAGGAGGAACUUAGACUUGAGAAAGAAAGAAAAGAGAAAGAAACAAAAGAAGCAGAGGAGAAAAAGAGAAAAGAGGAGGAACUUAGACUUGAGAAAGAAAGAAAAGAGAAAGAAACAAAAGAAGCAGAGGAGAAAAAGAGAAAAGAGAAGGAACAUAGACUUGAGAAAGAAAGAAAAGAGAAAGAAACAAAAGAAGCAGAGGAGAAAAAGAGAAAAGAGAAGGAACUUAGACUUGAGAAAGAAAAGAGAAACAUGGAAGCAGAGAAAGAAAAGGAAGAAAAGGGAAGAGUAGAAGAAAAGAGACAACACGCAAAGGACAAGGAGGAAAGACAUAGUAAGAAAACAGAAGAAAAACAAAAGAUCGAAAUAGUUACACUGAAUGUAGGAGGAAGAAAUUUUUUAAAUUUAGAUACCACCGUGAAAGGCAUAAUGGACAAAGUAGUGCUAAAUUAAGAUGAAUUGUUCAUU